ACAAGGAGAGAGAAAAAAAAAGUGCAAGAAAAAGAGAGGAAAGCUCUCAUUCCCAGCUUCCUCUACAACCGAGAGCGAGCGAGCGAGCGAAUCCAACCCAACCCACCCAUCCAUUCCUCCCCAUUCCCCUAUUCCAAUCCUUCCGCACCCCGAGCCCUCCCCCACCGCCUCCCCAAUCCACGCGGGCGCCUCGCCACCCUACCCCGAUUGCUACCUCCUCGUGGUGGGCGCCGCUCCGAUCCGCCCGAUCCGCGCUGCUCCUGGGGCUCCGGCGCGCGGCGGCGAGCGGCGGGGGCGGCGCAGGGAUGGACUCCGAGGACGACAUGCACGACGCGAACGACUCUGCCGACGACGACUUCUACAGCGGCGGGGAGGCCGGGCUCGCCGGCAGCGACGAUGGGGACGCCGACUACGACUUCGCCGACCACGACUCCGACGACUCCGGGGAGCUCCUCUCCCACCGGCAGCAGCAAAAUUACAGCAUACUCAGUGAAGUUGAUAUCAAGCAGCGCCAAGAAGAUGACAUAAAUAGAGUUUCAACUGUUCUUUCAAUUUCUAAGUCAGAAGCAUGUGUUCUUCUUCGCAACUAUAACUGGAGUGUUAGUAAGGUGCAUGACGAAUGGUUUGCCGAUGAAGAGCGUGUUCGUAAGAUUAUUGGCUUACCAGAGAAGCACAUGGAACUGCCAAAUGACAGAGAAGUGACAUGUGGAAUAUGUUUUGAAAGUUGCCCUCGUGGCACGAUGAGUGCUGCUGCUUGUGGUCAUCCUUUCUGCAGUACAUGUUGGAGAGGUUACAUUAGCACUGCUAUAAAUGAUGGUCCAGGGUGUUUGAUGUUGAGGUGUCCUGAUCCAUCCUGUGCUGCUGCUGUUGGACAAGAUAUGAUAAAUGCACUGGCUGAUGAUGAGGAUAAGGAAAAGUAUGGGAGAUAUCUUCGCAGAUCUUACAUUGAAGAUAACAGAAAGACAAAAUGGUGUCCUGCUCCUGGAUGUGAAUAUGCAGUGGAAUUCGUCAUGGGCAGUGGCAGCUACGAUGUCAAUUGUAACUGUUCAUAUGGGUUUUGUUGGAACUGCACUGAGGAAGCUCAUCGUCCAGUAGACUGCGCAACUGUUUCAAAGUGGAUCCUCAAGAACAGUGCGGAAUCUGAGAAUAUGAACUGGAUACUGGCUAAUUCAAAGCCUUGUCCUAAAUGCAAGCGACCUAUUGAGAAAAAUCAGGGAUGCAUGCACAUCACAUGCACUCCUCCAUGCAAAUUUGAAUUCUGCUGGCUGUGUCUUGGUCCAUGGUCGGAGCAUGGAGAGAGGACUGGUGGAUUUUAUGCUUGUAACCGCUAUGAAUCAGCAAGGCAAGAAGGAGCGUAUGAUGAAUCUGAAAGGAGAAGAGAAAUGGCAAAGAACUCCCUUGAGAGAUAUACACAUUAUUAUGAACGAUGGGCAGCCAAUCAAUCGUCAAGGCAAAAGGCGUUGGGAGAUCUUCAAAGUCUGCAGAAUGACAAGCUUGAAAAGUUAAGUGACAUACAAAGCCAACCUGAGUCACAGCUGAAGUUCAUCAUAGAGGCAUGGUUACAGAUUGUCGAAUGUAGAAGGGUAUUGAAGUGGACUUAUGCCUAUGGAUUUUAUCUGCCAGAGCACGAGCAUGCCAAAAGACAAUUCUUUGAAUAUCUGCAAGGCGAGGCAGAAUCGGGUUUGGAGCGGUUGCAUCAAUGCGCAGAGAAAGAACUUCAAGUAUACCUUGAAGCUGAAUCUCCCUCGAAAGAUUUCAAUGAUUUCCGUACAAAGCUGGCUGGAUUAACUAGCGUGACUCGCAAUUAUUUUGAAAAUCUUGUCCGGGCUUUGGAAACUGGAUUAAAUGAUGUAGGUCCUUCCACUAGCCAUGGCACAUGCAGCAAAAGUGCAACUUCCAAGAGUCUUGGUGGUAAAAGUAAGAGUGGCAAGAACAGGGCGUCAAGCACCAGCUCCAAAUCUGGUGGCUCAAACAGAGGUUUGGAUGACAGCAACAUUUGGACAUGCGAUCAGUGCACAUAUGCAAACCCCAAAUCUGCCAGAGCCUGCCAGGCCUGUGAUCGCCAACAUCGAUAGUGCUAGUCAGUUCUCAUUUGAGUUUUGGACUAUUCAUUUGCGAACCCUCAGGUGUUACUCCGCUGUGCACAACAUACAUGAAAUUUAAGAGUUAACCUAUAUCUGAGGCUAGCGAGGAGGUAUCAGUAGGAGGAUCGCGGACACAGUUAAGAUUUUCGUGUAUCCUCUAUUGUUUGUCGUCUGACAGCACCCGUGAAGCCUCAACUCAUCAUGCAGAUCGAUUUGUAUAUAAGUAUAUCCAUAUCUGUAACAAUGUUUUGUUUUAUGGAAGUAGAGGGGGCCCAGGAGGUGCCCGCCGCCAAAUGAACUGAAUUGUUGUAGCGCUGUUGUAAUGUAAUAAUGCAUUGACCAAUUUCAGAGAAGUUUAGUCUUGUUCCAUAAAUUCCAA